GUGCGCCUGCGCACUUCCGAGGUCGCGGUGCUGCGGGAGUCUUGAGAUGAAGCGUGUUUUCUCACUGUUAGAAAAGACCUGUACUGGCGCCCCAAUACAAUUUGCCUGGCAAAAAACAUCAGGAAACUACCUUGCAGUAACAGGAGCUGAUUAUAUUGUAAAAAUCUUUGAUCGCCAUGGCCACAAAAGAAGUGAAAUCAGCUUACCUGGAAACUGUGUCUCCAUGGAUUGGGAUAAAGAUGGUGACAUUUUAGCAGUAAUUGCUGAGAAGUCUAGUUGCAUUUAUCUGUGGGAUGCCAACACAAAUAAGACCAGCCAGUUAGACAAUGGCAUAAGGGAUCAAAUGUCUUUCCUUCUUUGGUCAAAAAUCGGAAGUUUCCUGGCUAUUGGAACAGUUAAAGGAAAUUUGCUAAUUUAUAAUCAUCAGACAUCUCGAAAGAUUCCUGUCCUUGGAAAACAUACUAAGAAAAUCACAUGUGGAUGUUGGAAUGCAGAAAAUCUUCUUGCCUUAGGUGGAGAAGAUAAAAUGAUUACAGUUAGUAAUCAGGAAGGCGACACGAUAAGACAGCUAAUCUGUGCAUUUGAUAAGACACCAGUGAAAUCAGAGCCAAGUGCCAUCAAAUGGUAUUCCUCAAAUAAGACUGAUGACCGAAGUUCUACGGCUGAAAACACAAUAAGUGCUAUAGUUGGCAAGAAAACAUUGUUUCUUUUUAAUCUGAAUGAACCGGACAGCCCAAUAGACCUGGAGUUUCAGCAGGCCUACGGCAACAUUGUCUGCUACAGCUGGUAUGGUGACAGCUACAUCAUGGUUGGCUUUUCACGUGGAACCUUUCUGGUCAUUUCCACUUACAUUCCAGAAAUUGGGCAAGAGAUAUUUAAGGCUCGUGACCAUAAGGACAAUUUAACCAGUGUGGCAAUUUCACAGGCUCUGAACAAAGCUGCUACAUGUGGGGACAGCUGCAUAAAAAUCCAUGAUUUGGCAGAAUUAAGAGACAUGUAUGCUAUAAUCAAUCUGGAUGACGAAAAUAAAGGGUUGGGUACCUUGUCCUGGACAGAUGAUGGUCAGUUGCUGGCACUGUCCACCCAAAGGGGCUCACUCCAUGUUUUCCUGACCAAGCUGCCCAUACUCGGGGAUGCCUGCAACACAAAGAUUGCGUACCUCACCUCCCUCCUUGAGGUCACCGUGGCCAACCUCAUUGAAGGAGAGCCGCCCAUCACAGUUGCUGUUGACGUGGAGCCCAACUUCAUUGCAGUGGGGUUCUAUCAUCUGGCUGUAGGAAUGAAUAAUCGAGCUUGGUUUUACAUCCUCGGAGAGAAUGCUGUAAGAAAACUAAAAGAUGUGGAGUAUCUGGGAACGGUGGUGAGCAUUUGCCUCUACUCUGAAUACGCCGCUGCGCUCUUUGAAGGCAAAGUCCAGUUACAUUUGAUAGAAAAUGAACUCUUGGAUGCUCAGGAAGAACGGGAGACUCGGCUUUUCCCAGGCGUGGAUGAUAAGUUUCGUAUUUUAUGUCAUGCCCUGACCAGUGAUUUCCUCAUCUACGGAACUGAUACUGGUGUCAUUCAGUAUUUCUACAUCGAAGACUGGCAGUUUGUUAAUGAUUAUCGGCAUCCUGUCGGUGUGAAAAAGAUUUUUCCUGAUCCAAAUGGGACCAGAUUAGUUUUCAUUGAUGAAAAAAGUGAUGGAUUUGUCUACUGUCCAGCUAAUGAUGCUACCUAUGAGAUUCCAGAUUUCUCACCAACCAUUAAAGGUGUUCUUUGGGAAAAUUGGCCGUUGGAUAGCAGUGUAUUUAUUGCUUAUGAUGAUGAUAAGGUAUACACUUACGCCUUUCACAAGGAUACGAUUCAAGGAUCCAAGGUUAUUUUGGCUGGUGGCACCAAACUUCCCUUCUCCCACAAACCCUUGCUGUUGUACAAUGGAGAAUUGACCUGCCAGACCCAGAGUGGAAAAAUAAAUGCCAUCUACCUGAGUACCCACAGCUUCCUCGACAGCAUCAAAGACGCCACAAUCGCUGACCUGAGACACAUGCUGACAAAGGCUCUGCUGCUCAAGAGGUUUCCGGAUGCUUGGGAAAUAUGCAAGAUUCUCAAUGACCGGGAAGCCUGGAAUGAAUUAGCCAAAUCUUGUCUGCAUCACAUGGAAGUGGAGUUCGCGAUCCGCACUUAUCGGACAAUUGGAGAGGUUGGCAUAGUGAUGUCCUUGGAACAAAUAAAGGGGAUUGAGGACUGCAGUCUUUUGGCCGGGCAUCUUGCCAUGUUUACCAAUGACUUCAACCUGGCUCAGGACCUGUACCUGGCAUCCAACUGUCCUAUGGCUGCCCUGGAGAUGAGGAGGGAUUUGCAACAUUGGGACAGUGCUCUACAGCUGGCAAAACGCCUGGCCCCAGAUCAGAUUCCAUUUAUAUCAAAAGAAUAUGCUAUCCAGCUUGAAUUCACGGGUGAUUAUGUGAAUGCCCUGGCUCAUUAUGAGAAAGGAAUAACUGGUACCAAUAAGGAGCAUGAUGAGGUGUGCCUGGCUGGAGUGGCCCAGAUGUCCAUCAGAAUGGGAGACAUACGCAGGGGAGCUAACCAAGCCCUCAAGCACCCCAGUAGGGUGCUUAAAAGAGAUUGUGGAGCCAUAUUGGAAAAUAUGAAGCAAUUUUCAGAAGCAGCCCAACUGUAUGAAAAAGGCCUGUACUACGACAAAGCCGCAUCUGUGUACAUCCGCUGUAAGAAUUGGGCAAAAGUGGGCGAGCUCCUGCCUCACGUUUCCUCUCCGAAGAUCCACUUGCAAUAUGCCAAAGCCAAAGAGGCAGAUGGAAGGUACAAAGAAGCUGUUGUGGCUUAUGAGGCCGCAAAGCAGUGGAACAGUGUCAUCCGCAUCUACUUGGACCACCUCAGUAAUCCCGAGAAGGCCGUCAGCAUCGUCAGAGAGACCCAGUCUCUGGAUGGAGCCAAGAUGGUAGCCAGGUUUUUUCUACAGCUUGGGGACUACGGGUCUGCCAUCCAGUUUCUGGUCAUGUCCAAAUGCAACAAUGAAGCUUUCACCCUGGCUCAGCAGCACAACAAAAUGGAAAUCUAUGCAGACAUCAUUGGUUCCGAAGACACAACUAAUGAGGACUACCAAAGCAUUGCCUUGUACUUUGAAGGAGAAAAAAGACAUUUUCAGGCUGGAAAAUUCUUCUUGCUAUGUGGCCAAUACUCACGAGCACUUAAACACUUCCUGAAAUGCCCAAGUUCAGAAGAUAGUAUGGCAAUAGAAAUGGCCAUUGAAACUGUUGGCCAGGCCAAAGACGAACUGCUGACCAGCCAGCUGAUAGACUACCUGAUGGGGGAGAGCGACGGCAUGCCAAAGGAUGCCAAGUACCUGUUCCGCCUCUACAUGGCUCUGAAACAAUACCGAGAGGCCGCCCGGACCGCCAUUAUAAUCGCCAGGGAAGAGCAGUGCUCAGGCAACUACCGGAAUGCACGUGACGUCCUCUUCAGUAUGUAUGCAGAGCUGAAGUCCCAGAAGAUCAAGACCCCCUCAGAGAUGACCACCAACCUCAUGAUCCUGCACAGUUACAUGCUGGUAAAGAUUCACGUUAAGAAUGGAGACCAUAUGAAGGGGGCACGCAUGCUCAUUCGAGUGGCCAACAACAUAAGCAAAUUCCCAUCGCACAUUGUGCCCAUCCUGACGUCCACUGUCAUCGAGUGUCACCGGGCAGGCCUGAAGAACUCUGCUUUCAGCUUCGCAGCCAUGUUGAUGAGGCCCGAAUACCGCAACAAAAUCGACAUCAAGUACAAGAAGAAGAUUGAGGCCAUGGUCAGGAGACCCGAUACAUCUGAGACAGAAGAGGCCACGACCCCCUGCCCGUUCUGCCAGUUUCUUCUCCCAGAAUGUGAACUCCUCUGUCCUGGCUGUAAAAACAACAUCCCAUACUGCAUUGCCACGGGUCGACAUAUGUUGAAAGAUGAUUGGACCAUGUGUCCACACUGUGAGUUUCCUGCACUUUACUCAGAAUUUAAGAUCUUGUUAAAUACCGAAAGCACGUGUCCCAUGUGUUCAGAGAGAUUGAAUGCUGGUCAACUGAAAAAAAUCUCCGACUGCUCACAGUACCUGCGAACAGACAUGGACCAGUGAGGAGCAAGCGCAGAUCAGUGUGGCGGAGGAGACAGCAUUUUCACCGGAGGUCUCCAUCCCUGGAGCACGUCCAAGAGGAUCCCAGGAUACAGGAAACUGAAACAAAGGUGACUCUCGAGAUGACACUUGUAACUUCUGUACAGUGACAAGGAGUGACAUGCAACCUUGCUAUUUAUCAUACUUUGUAUAUUUCCUCAACAAAGUCUUGCAUAUUCUUGGCUCAGCCACUGUUAAUAGCAACCUAUAACAUAACUGUAAAUAUUGAGCUUUUGAUAACUUUUCUAUUUUGAACGAUCUCCUUUAAAAUAAAAUUGACUAGACAUG